UUUACAAUUUAUUUAUUUAUUUAUUAAAUAAAUUAAAUUCCUUCGUCAAACUCGUACGUACGGAUAUUCCGGCAAAUCGAAACCUCGUUGGUUUCUGUCGCACACCUGACACCACCUUCGGAUCUCACAUCACACCACACACACACACAUUCUUCCCUUCCUUUCAUUUCAAUUUUCUCUUCCAAUUCGUUUCCUUCUUAUUCAAACCCCCAUUUUUCAUUCUAGUUUGUAUCUUGACCCCCAUUUUGAUGCCAUGAAGAAGAAGCUCGAUACCCGUUUUCCUGCUGCUCGGAUAAAGAAGAUAAUGCAAGCGGACGAGGAUGUUGGAAAGAUAGCACUGGCAGUUCCUGUUUUAGUUUCAAAAGCUCUGGAAUUAUUUCUGCAAGAUCUUUGCGACCGCACUUAUGAAAUAACUCUACAGAGAGGAGCAAAAACCAUGAAUGCAUUGCAUUUGAAACAUUGUGUACAAAGCUACAAUGUCUUCGACUUUUUACGAGACAUCGUCAGCAGGGUUCCUGACUAUGGGCACGGCCAUGGCCAUCCUGAGACUGGAGCCGAUGACCGCACUCUUCCCAAGAGAAGGAAGCCUGCUGCCGACGAUUGCAAUGACAGUGAUGAAGAGACUAAGCGGAGUAAGAUGCUAGAGUUAGGCCACACCGGCGGUACUGGUAGGGGAAGAGGGAGAGGUAGAGGAAGAGGCCGUGGCCGAGGAGCUCGAACCGCAGAGAAAGAGACCUUACAUCAGCAGGUUGAGUCUGAACCUUGCACCUCUAUUCAACAAAGUAGCAAAGAAGUCCCUAAUACAAGCAUGGCAAUCGAUAUCGGUCCAGAACCAAAGGAGUUAUCAAAGGAAAACAUUUCACCUCACGAGGAAAGCACUCGAUCGUUUCGAAACAUCGAUUUGAAUGCCAAUAUACAAGAAAACGAGGACAAAGACAAUACAAGCGCGGUUCCUCCCCAGGCCUCGUUGCCUGAACCUGCUGCAGUAAUGGAUAUGCAACAUGAAGAAAUUCCAGGUUGGUCUCUUGCUGAUGUCGACAAGAUGGCGAUCGAUACGUUACAGCUUGCGGCGAAUCUUGGUAAUAGACUAGAUGAGGAGGAGGAAGAUUAUGAUGAGGAGGAAGGGUAAUAGAUUAAGGUGGAAAACCCUUUUUUUUCGAUAUCUGGUAUAGUUAUCUGGUAUAUCGAUGAUCUUGUGUAGCAAAUGUAGUUUUUUCUUACUAGUAAUGUUAGUUUCAUGCACCUUUUAGGAUUUAAAAAUGGAUGUUGUUGUAGGUUACAUCAACUUUGAUAGUUCAGGAUUAAAUUUCUUGAUAAAGUUUGAUUACAAGAUGGUUUCA